AUGUCUGUUCGACCAGCUUCAGUAGCUCUAGCGGAAGAUGAACAUCGUAAGAAGCGUGUUAGAAAAGGAACUAAAAGUUGUUGGGAAUGCAAAAGAAGAAAAGUCAAGUGCCAAUUGAGUUCUGAGAACGUCAGCGUUUGUUCUGGUUGCCUCUCACGUGGAACGACUUGUAUAAGUCAAGAAUAUCCAGAAGAACAUGACUCUUCAGGUGGUCCUCAGCUUGGUGAACGCCUUGGUCGUAUAGAGCUUGUUCUCGGUAAAUUGAUGUCUAAAAUGGAACAAUAUGAAGAACAAGAUAACGCGACUAAGAUCCACACUCCGGAAAGCAUGGGUACUGGUGAUGUUCUCGCACCAUUUGCAAACAACGCCUCAAAUGGAUAUGACAGUGCUACAACUGUACCUAUUCUUUCCCUUUUUGAUAAUCCUGUUCUAGGUCGCCGAGAAAAGGAAAGUCAAUCUGAGAUCACAACCCCAAAAUCUCAACCAGGUGGCGAAAAGACAACUAAGCAAUGUCGCAUACCAACGAAGAUUGAAAGGAUCAAAGAUGUUCUGAUGGAACUUCUUCCAUCACAGGAAGCUACGAAUAUCCUUUGCUCUUUCUCCGAUUGCUGGUUGUUAAUGCAUUCUUUGACAAACCACUCAGCUCAUAUUAUGCUAGAACCAUCGGCAUUUAAUCCGAAUCAUUCAUUCAAUGUGCCCAGCAUCGCAAAAGAAAGUCCCGCAAUGAUAGCUCAAAUACUUCUUUACAUGGCUGUAUGCUUACAGCAAGUACCUCAUGGAUACGACGCAAGCCUAUUAGGAAUUACCACUAGUAUCGAAGCUCGAGUGGAUAAGAUCAUAUCGACAGUGUCAGGGCUCGUGACUUCGGAUGACGAACUUGUAGCUUCUGUUCAGGGACUGGAAUGUCUAGUACUCCAAGGAUUGUUUCACAUGAAUGCGGGGAAUUUACGUCGCGCAUGGCUUACAUUCCGUCGAGCUAUGAAUAUCGGUCAGCUUAUGGGUCUCCAUAAACGCGAAGAGCUUAGUACUACACCUUUACCACCUGGAGGAGUCAACCUUUGGAGAAGUUUGAUGCAGGCAGACAGAUACUUGAGUUUACUCUUAGGCAUGCCAGCUGGAGCGGAGGAUAGUGUGAUCUUAUCUCAAGAAACUUUUAGCAAUCCUAACAUCGACCAUGACGUUCUAUUCAUCAGAAAACUUACAAAUUUGGCUGGAGGAAUUAUCGAGAGAAAUCAAUCCGACUAUAUUCAUGCAUUUGCCAGUACUCAAGACCUUGACGAGAAACUCGAAAAUAUUGGUAGGGGAAUGCCUGCAUCUUGGUGGGAAGUGCCAAGUUACAUUGAGACCGUCAGUAAAGAUCCGAGCUCCGCCGCAAAAUUUGAUCGAAUCAUGUCACAAAUCUAUUACUUUCAACUGGAAUCAUUCUUACACUUACCAUUUAUGGUUCGAGCUGCUACCGAACGUCGUUACGAAUAUAGUAAAUUUACUUGUCUCAAAUCAUCUAGAGAAAUCAUAUCCCGCUAUCUCACCAUCAGACGCUCAGGUACGAAAUCUUUUUGUUGCAAGGUGGUCGAUUUUGGAGCUUUCACGGCAAGCGUAACUCUUCUCUUGAGCAUACUGGAAAUUCCUCCAGUAGGCGGCGACACAAUUGCAGUCCAAACCCAAAAAAGAACUGACAGGGAGCUUGUUGAAACCGUCUUGGGUGUCAUGGGCGAAUGCGCUUCAGAAGAUGACGUAAUGGCCACCCAAAGUGUCGAAGUUAUUAAAACCCUUCUGGCAUCAACCAGCACAAGUGGAAAUCUUCGUCUCACAAUCCCUUAUUUCGGCACAAUUUCAAUAGCACGCACACCUGUAUCCUCAACACCCGCUACAAAUAUCACCCAAUCAACUCCUUCUAUCGAUGCUCAAUCUUUGAAUACGACUCCGUCUCUUAUACCAAACAUGACACCGGGAGACUCGCAGAAUGAAUUUGACAAUUCACAUAAUUGCCCAUGGUCUGCUGCUCAACCUAUUGUUUCCUUUAAGAGUAGUCAGUUUCCACCGUUGGAGCCGGAACAACAAAUAGAUGAUUGGUCCAAUUUACAAGUGGAUAAUACGAUGUUUUUUGACGGUUUGUUGAACACAGAUUUGGAAGGAAAUUGGUACUUCUAG